UCAACUAAACUCUGUGCAGGUUCGUCACAACUUCUCUCAAAGCAACAUCAGAACCAAACAAACAACAAUAAAUGGCUUCAACAAUCGUGGUGCUCUUCUCCAUCAUCUAUUUACUACUCUCAAUUGCUGGAACAAUGCUCUAUUGUUGUUGCAAGAAGAAAGAAAGGAAAGAGCUUACCAUGGAAACAUACGCGGGACUCUCGGUGGAUGAUGAGAACAAAAUCGAAAUCUCGAAGAAGAAAAAAUGAGAGGAGCAUUCAGCAUAAAUCAAAGAAGAAUCUUGGAAAGGAAAGAAAAGGAUGUGUAUAUAUAAAUACUUUCUAAUUAUAUAUUGUGUAAAUUCAUUAGAUAAUGUAUGUAUAUUUGCUUGUUUGAGUGUUUCUAAAUGCUUAUUUUUUUCUUGUUAUUCCAAAAAUAUAAUUGUUCCAUAAAUUUUUGUGUAUAAAAUAAAUUUUUUGGCCUAUUUGUUCUUUAUAAGCUUAUGAAUACUUUACUUAAUUCUCUCAAUCCUUGUUUCCCUCUUUCAAGAAAAAAAAAACAAAAUUCAUCAGAAGUCAGUCAAGAGAAGAGAAGUUUUUUUUGUGUAAUUAAAGUAAAAAGAAUGCAAACUGGCAAUUUAUCUUCUUAAAAAAUUUUUUUUCGAGUUAGUAUUUGAUUGACAACAACAUCUUUUGGUUAUGUGACCAACCGACCAAACUUCCCCCCUUAAACAAAAUGAUGUAUAUUGUGUGCCAUUGUUGGAAUAUCCGGAGACAAAAUACAUAAAAAACAUAAAAAGAUAUACAUACUCUAAAUUGUCAACAAAAAUUGUUUUUUUGGAGAAAAUUAGUCUGCAAAAAAUCUGACAACUUA